AUCGUCUUGUGCGAUAGUCAAGUUGAAUUCUCCGGGACCGGGAGGAGUUAGAUCGUCUGAGCAGAUGGGAGGGAGCAGCGAGGAUAGAUGGAAGGGAUCGUUAGAGAACAUAACGGAGAUAGCAUCUAAUCUCGAUUCUCUCCAGAAGCUUCUCCUCAAGAAAGCCGUCUUCGUUGAAGAAGACACUUUCUCUAGAGCCUCUCUCGUCUCCGAACAAGCCCGUACCAUCAAGGUGCUUGAGCAAAGGGUACAAACACUAGAAAGAGAACUGGAUGCUGCCAUCACAGCUGCUGCUCAUGCUCGGUCUGAGAAACGCAAAGCUGAGUCCUCUCAAAAAGCUGCUGAAACACGUGCUCUUGAGGUCACAAAGGAACUCGAAAACACCACGAAGGUUUUCAAGCUGCAUAUGGAAGAGCUCCGAGGGAUGCAAGAACAGAUAUCCAAACGCGAUAACGAGAUCAAGCUCUUGGAAGCUAUCAUCCAAACGCUCGGUGGGAAAGAGCGUCUGAGAAAAAGCAGCAGCGGUGUUUAAUGAUUUGAGUGAUUGAUUGAUCAUGGGUUUCUUGUAAUAUUCUGUAUCUAUAGACUCUCUCACAAGAUAAAAUAUUAAUCAAGCCUUAUGUUAUAAGUGA